UUCUGCCCGUCCCCUUUACCCGCUUCUCACUCCCACUCGUGUCUUCCUUCCUACGCUCUCUCUCUCUCUCUCUUUCUUCCCGUGAAGCUCUCUUGCCUGCCAUCAUCCAACGAUGCGGAAGCCGAUAAAGCUCGAUCCAGGAUCUCCUCCCCACACCUCCUCCUCCUCCUCUCCCCCGCCCUCCCCACCCCAUCCCUGAGCACCGCCGCCGCUCGGCCGCCGCGCCCGCCUCCGCCUCCGCCUCCCCGGCCGCUCCCGCUUCCUCGGGGAACGAGGAACAUGGCGCCGGCGCCGGCGCCUUCCGUUCUGCUCGCGACGUCCGGCGCGUCGUGCCCGGACGCUCGGGCGUGGAGGUGGUCGUGGUCGAGCCUUCCGCGGGUCGGCGCCGCGGACUGGCGGAGCCGAGGCUCGGUACGGUGCUCCCCACGUCGCGCGGGGGACGGGCGCCUGGUCGCGGGCGCGCGGCGACUGAGGACGCGGGCCAUGGUCCGCAAGCCUGAAGACGGCCGCAUUGCUGGCGAUUCUGUGGACGCUUCCGAGGACGAGCAGGUUGCAGACCUGCCUAUCAAGAUUCCGGAGCGUGACUUUGCUGGCACGCCAUAUGUUCCUGUCUAUGUGAUGCUGCCACUGGGUGUCGUGAACUUGCAAUGCGAAUUAGUUGAUCCUGAAGGUCUGCUAGAGCAGUUAAAGACACUGAAGUCGGUUAAUGUCGAUGGUGUCAUGAUUGACUGCUGGUGGGGAAUAGUUGAGGCAGAUGCUCCACAAGCGUAUAAUUGGAGCGGCUACAAGAGGCUGUUCCAGAUGGUGCGUGACCUCAAGCUUAAGUUACAGGUCGUCAUGUCAUUCCACGACUGUGGAGGCAAUGUUGGUGAUGAUGUACAUAUUCCACUGCCGAGCUGGGUGAUGGAAAUUGGUCAAAAGAACCCCGAUAUCUAUUUUACUGACAGAGAAGGGAGACGCAAUAUGGAAUGCCUCACAUGGGGAAUUGAUAAGGAAAGAGUUUUGAGAGGCCGUACUGCUGUUGAGGUUUAUUUUGACUAUAUGAGAAGCUUUCGUGUGGAAUUCAAUGAGUUCUUUGAGGAUGGAAUCAUCUCCGAGAUUGAAAUUGGACUAGGCCCAUGUGGGGAGCUCCGGUAUCCUUCUUAUCCUGCCAAACAUGGUUGGGAAUAUCCCGGCAUUGGUGAAUUUCAGUGUUAUGAUCGGUACUUGAUGAAGAGUUUGGAAAAGGCAGCAGAAGUGAGGGGGCACUCCUUUUGGGGUAAGGCACCAGAUAAUGCGGGUUGUUAUAAUUCUCGGCCACAUGAGACUAGCUUUUUUCGUGACGGAGGUGAAUACGAUGGUUACUACGGGAGAUUCUUUCUCAAUUGGUAUUCUCGGGUUUUAAUAGAUCAUGGAGAUCGUGUGCUUUCUUUGGCCAAUUUGGCUUUCGAAGGAUGUUGCAUAGCUGUGAAGUUAUCUGGAAUUCAUUGGUGGUACAAGACAGCCAGCCAUGCUGCUGAAUUGACUGCUGGGUUCUACAACUCAUGCAAUCGCGAUGGUUAUGCUACAAUUGUGUCGAUGUUAAAGAAGCAUGAGAUAGCGAUGAACUUUACAUGUGUUGAAUUACGCACAUUGGAUCAAUACGAGGACUUUCCAGAGGCAAUGGCAGAUCCCGAGGGAUUAGUUUGGCAGGUGUUGAAUGCUGCAUGGGAUGCUCAAAUACCUGUCGCGAGUGAGAAUGCCUUACCUUGCUAUGAUGGAGAAGGCUACAACAAAAUAUUAGAGAAUGCCAAGCCUCGUGAUGACCCCGAUGGAAGACAUUUGUCUGCUUUUACAUAUCUCAGGCUCAGCCCGACUCUGACCGAGGGAAAUAACUUGAUGGAAUUUGAGCGCUUUGUUAAGAGAAUGCAUGGUGAGACCGUUCUUGAUAAACUUAUGUGAGAUAGUUAUCAAUCCUAGUUUACAUAUAACGCCUAUCUGGGGUAACCUGAGCUAAUCGUCAGCAUUCUUUUCCACGAUGGAUAAAACACAGUCGAUGGUGGGAAACCAUGCAUUUAGAUUUUGGGAACAGGUUAAGAAGCAGUACUUACUACUUGCCCUUAGAAAAGUGAAUGGUGGAAUACUGAAGAGAGUUAAGAAAUAUGGUCAUUUGUGGAUUACACACUAAGCGUCCCUUUAGUUUGAUGCUUGAAUACAUUAUGUGGUGCACCAAGUUCAUAUAAAAUGUGAUGACUGCAUUUGAUGUAUAGAAGAUCGCUCCAUGUAAUAAGAAGUAUUAUCCAUAUCAAUAAAUCUGAACAAGUUAUAUUUGUA